UCAGCUGGUGCACUCGCUGAAUGUUGGCAUCAACCAGUGCUGGGCCAGGCCAAAGCUAGGAGCUCCAUUCCAUUCUCUCAUGUGGAUGGCAGAGACUCAAGUCCUUGAGCCAUCAUCUGUUCCUCCAGGGCUCAUUAGUAGGAAGCUGAAUCAGAAGCCAAGUAGCUGGGACUUGAACCAGGCACUCCAGUCUGGAAGUGGGUGUCCCAAGAAGUGGCUUAACCAGGUAUGCCACAAUGCAUAACCCACAAGCAUGGUUUUCCAUUGUGUUCUGAAUGUAUGUUAUUGAGGUUGUCUGUAGUGUAGCUUGGUAUUAUUUUAAAUGAAGUCUAGAAAAUCUCCAUUAAAGAAUUAAAGCUGAUUGAGUUGUGUUAUCAUACCAUACCUCAAAGGAAUAGGAAGUGAGUAUAUUUUCCAUAGCAUGAUAGGCAACCUAUAGAUUUUGGAAACUGUUGUGGAUUUUGUUUGGGGCUUGAUUUGGAAUUCCUUCACUUUCAUUCUGUAAGCCUUACAGGAGGUCUUCUGCUCACUCUUCAAUUAUAAAGUUGCUUUCUGUGAGCCCAAUAAAAUGGGCAGUGUACUGGUAGUAUUGAAAUGUAAGCUGUAUCCAACAUUUUUAGUAGAGACUAGCCAGAUCGUGUUGAUCACAUAGUAGUUUUAUGCCUCAGUUUCUCUUUCCAUGACCUUAGUGGAAGUAUGGAGGAAAGGAAAUGUGAAAAAAUCAUUUUGAGUACCUUUUAAGGAAAAUACUUUGGAUGACUACGUAAUUUUAAACAAAUAUUUAUUUUUAUUUAUUUGAAAGGCAGACAGAGACAGAGGAUCGUUCUAUUCACUGGUUCACUCCUCAGAUGCUUACAACAGCUGGGAGCCUGGAAUUCAGUCUGGGUUUUCCACAUGGGGCCAUCACCUGCUGCCUCCGAGGGUGCGCCUUAGCAGGAAGCUGUAAUUGGAAGCAGAACUGGGACUGGAGCCUGGAACUGUGGACUCUGACAUGGAAUGCAGGUGUCCAAAGGUGGCCUAGCUGCUGUGAAAAAUGCCUGUCUCAGAUAUAAUGUUUUUUUUAAUAGGAAGAGACCACUAGUAAAUUGCAGCUAAAGUUAGAGUGGCAAUAGGCAGUUAGCCAGGAAGUUGGAAUGGUAAAAAAGAUUUUAAGUGUAGCAGUUUCAUUUGUACUUUUUGUAUUUUUCCACCUUUUUUUUUUUGAGGAAGUAGAGGAUUAAAUUGUUCUUUUUUGUGUCUUUACUCAUAAAUAAGCUGUGAUUGAGAAGAAAAACUUGACAUUCAUAUUUAGAUGUUAUAAUUGUUCAUUUGUAUAUAUGGUUCACACUUGCAUGGUGUUUUUUAAUGUGCCUGAUGAUUUUGCUAAACCAACUCUGAGCUAUGAUUGGCUGAGACUGGGAAUUGAACUGUGGUUCUUAUUUGGUAGUUUAUGCUAUUAAUUCCUUGGCAGCUCCAGAGUGCUCUUUGAACUUUAAAUAGAAGUUCUAGUAACAUUAUGAGAUUUCUUUCAGGGAAUGUCAGAAAUAGUACUUAAUAAAUAUAUUUUCUUCUUAAAGACUAAAUCAUGUUUUAGUCUGAUGUGCAUGUCACAACUCUUACUCUGUUUUGAUCAGAGACAACUCAGCUACUGGCUAAUUUCUAUUUUCCGUUUAAUAAUGUGGCAGUAUCUAAAAAUAUUGUUUAGCCCUUGCUGAAGGAAGAAAAGCCCUCCCACAAAUCCAUAGUUUUUGUAUUAGUCAUGUUGACUAUGAAUAGUGUGUUCAGUUUUAUCCAGAGGUUUAGAAUUUUACAUGUAGGUAGUCUCCAGCAUUCUAAACUACUAGAAAAAGUUAAUUUGUAAGUUUGUUUUCAUAAAAUAACCUCCCCAGACUUGUGUUGCUAUAAAUGAUAGUUAGCCUAUUUACCUUGUAUUGUUCUUAAUUACAUGCAUGGUAGAACUCAGAUACUGUUUUUGGCAGCAUUUUUAUGGCUAUCAACUUAGUGCUUAAGAGUGGCAGGGGCAUCUUUCCUCUGCCCACAGUGCGGACAAUCAGAGCAGACUCUGCUGGAACCCUUCACAGUGCCUGGCAGAGGGAGUGGGGCUGUCCCAGCGCUGGGCCCUCAUCUGGGCCCACCAGAUGACUACUCUAUGAGAGGCUUGCAGAGUGUGUCUGCAGUCCAGGAGGGCUCCUGGUAGGAAGAACAGCAUUUUGGAGUGAGGAUUGAAAGCAGAUUGUGCCCUCCUUUCCUGCAGGGGCCAGCUGCUGCUUUCUCUUUGCUGGUACCCUUUUCUUAAAAUGUUGAGAUUAUUGGCAGGUUCUGUGAUGUCAUCAUGAAAAGAUUUUUGUCUUUCUUUGCCUUUUAGUUCCUUUCUUUCCUCCUUUACUCACCCUGGAAACAGACUUUCUGCUUGCUAUUUUGUUUGAAGAUUUCUGAGACCCGAUGAGAUUGGAUGGCAUAGCCAAUAAAUUAAUAACCCAGAAAUGUUGUUUUUCUAUGCUAUGUUUGAAAAAUAUUAGACUUGUAUAAUUCAUUAGGAAUAAUGUAAAUCAAAUAAUUAAAAUCUGGCUUGGAUUUACAGAAGGAUUAAGAGUCUGGUAUGCAGGAAAAAGACUUCCAUAUACUGCGUAAUUUCUCAGAUGUUAUACCUUAAGCACAACGGGAGAGCAGCAUGGACUGCCAGCAGCACCCACAAGCGCAGGCUGAACUCACGGGAAUCAAAUGGCGUAGGUACAAUUUUGGAGGGCAUGGGGACUGUGGACCCAUAAUUUCAGCCCCAGCCCAAGAUGAUCCCAUCCUGUUGAGUUUCAUCCGCUGUCUGCAAGCCAACCUGCUGUGUGUAUGGCGUCGUGAUGUCAAACCAGAUUGCAAAGAGUUAUGGAUAUUCUGGUGGGGAGAUGAACCCAACCUAGUGGGUGUAAUACAUCAUGAACUGCAGGUUGUGGAAGAAGGACUCUGGGAAAAUGGCCUUUCCUAUGAAUGUAGGACGCUGCUCUUCAAAGCGAUCCACAAUCUGUUAGAAAGGUGCCUAAUGGAUAAGAACUUCGUUAGGAUUGGGAAAUGGUUUGUCCGACCCUAUGAAAAGGAUGAAAAGCCAGUUAACAAAAGUGAGCAUUUGUCCUGUGCUUUCACAUUCUUUCUUCAUGGAGAAAGUAAUGUAUGCACAAGUGUGGAGAUUGCCCAACACCAGCCAAUUUACUUGAUCAAUGAGGAGCAUCUACACAUGGCUCAGUCUUCACCUGCACCAUUUCAAGUACUGGUAAGUCCUUAUGGCUUAAAUGGCACGCUGACAGGCCAUGCAUACAAGAUGUCAGACCCAGCUACCCGAAAGCUGAUUGAGGAGUGGCAGUAUUUCUACCCGAUGGUGCUAAAAAAGAAGGAGGAAUUGAAAGAAGAGGAGGAGCUGGGAUAUGAUGAUGAUUUCCCUGUGGCAGUCGAAGUAAUUGUUGGUGGUGUUCGGAUGGUCUACCCUUCAGCUUUUGUUUUGAUCUCUCAGAAUGACAUCCCAGUUCCUCAGAGUAUUGGUAGUUCUGGAGGCCAUGUUACAGUUGGGCAGCAGGGGCUUGGCAGUGUGAAGGAUCCAAGUAACUGUGGCCUGCCUCUGACCCCUCCCACCUCUCCAGAACAGGCUGUCAUCGGUGAGAGUGGAGGUAUGCAGGGUGCUGCCAGUCACCUAGGUUCCCAAGACGGGGGGAUGAUAACUAUGCACAGUCCAAAGAGAUCGGGGAAGAUUCCUCCAAAACUCCACAGUCAUAUGGUCCACCGAGUCUGGAAGGAAUGCAUCCUCAACAGAACCCAGUCCAAGAGGAACCAAAUGUCAACUCCAACUCUUGAAGAAGAGCCUGCUAACAGUCCUGCUACUUGGGAUUUUGUGGAUCCAACCCAAAGAGUUAGCUGUUCUUGUUCCAGGCAUAAACUUUUGAAACGUGCAACAGGACCCACUCGACCUCCCACAAUAUCUCAACCAGGGUUCAGUGCAGGACCAUCAUCAUCUUCGUCUUUAGCACCUCCUGCUUCUUCUAAGCACAAAACAACAGAAAGACAGGAAAAAGGAGACAAGUUGCAAAAGAGACCCUUGAUACCAUUUCACCAUAGGCCCUCCGUGGCUGAAGAGUUAUGCAUGGAGCAAGAUACAGCAGGACAGAAGCUAGGGUUGGCAGGGAUAGACUCCUCCUUAGAGGUAUCCAGCAGUAGGAAGUAUGAUAAGCAAAUGGCCGUGCCUUCCAGAAAUACAAGCAAGCAAAUGAAUCUGAAUCCUAUGGAUUCACCUCAUUCCCCUAUUUCCCCGCUGCCGCCAACACUCAGCCCUCAGCCACGAGGUCAGGAAACGGAGAGUUUGGACCCGCCAUCUGUUCCUGUGAACCCAGCCCUCUAUGGAAAUGGGCUAGAACUCCAGCAGUUGUCUUCUCUGGAUGACAGAACUGUCCUCGUAGGCCAAAGACUGCCUCUGAUGGCAGAGGUCAGCGAGACAGCCUUAUAUUGUGGGAUUAGGCCCUCGAACCCAGAGUCAUCAGAUAAGUGGUGGCAAAGUUUUCGUCUCCCAUCCAGUGAUGAUGCUGAGUUCAGGCCUCCAGAGCUCCAGGGUGAGAGAUGUGAUGCCAAAAUGGAGGUGAACUCAGAGAGUACUGCAUUGCAAAGACUUCUAGCACAACCUAACAAACGGUUUAAAAUCUGGCAAGACAAGCAGCCCCAGACGCAGCCGCUCCACUUCCUUGACCCAUUGCCUCUCUCACAGCAACCUGGAGACAGUUUGGGAGAAGUCAAUGACCCAUAUACCUUUGAGGACGGUGACAUAAAAUACAUCUUCACAGCAAAUAAGAAAUGCAAACAAGGGUCGGAGAAAGAUUCUCUGAAGAAGAAUAAGUCAGAGGAUGGAUUUGGUACCAAGGAUGUCACUACACCAGGUCAUUCCACGCCGGUGCCUGAUGGGAAAAAUGCCAUGUCUAUUUUCAGUUCUGCUACUAAAACAGAUGUCCGGCAGGAUAAUGCUGCUGGCAGAGCUGGCUCCAGUAGCCUUACACAAGUGACAGAUUUGGCACCUUCCCUUCAUGAUUUAGACAACAUCUUUGAUAAUUCUGAUGAUGAGGAGCUUGGGGCUGUAUCACCUGCGCUGCGCUCAUCAAAAAUUCCUGCAGUUGGGACAGAAGACCGACCUCUUGGGAAGGAUGGAAGAGCUGCUGUUCCUUACCCACCAACAGUUGCAGACUUGCAAAGGAUGUUCCCCACUCCUCCAUCUCUGGAACAGCAUCCUGCAUUUUCUCCUGUGAUGAAUUAUAAAGAUGGAAUCAGUUCAGAGACAGUGACAGCAUUAGGCAUGAUGGAGAGCCCAAUGGUCAGUAUAGUUUCAACACAGUUGACAGAAUUCAAAAUGGAAGUGGAAGAUGGCCUAGGAAGUCCAAAGCCAGAGGAAAUAAAGGACUUCUCAUAUGUGCACAAAGUUCCACCUUUUCAACCUUUCAUGGGGUCCUCCAUGUUUGCUCCCCUGAGGAUGUUGCCGAGCCAUUGCCUGCUACCUCUGAAGAUACCUGAUGCCUGUCUGUUUCGGCCUUCAUGGGCGAUUCCUCCUAAAAUUGAACAACUGCCCAUGCCCCCUACAGCCACUUUCAUUAGAGAUGGCUACAAUAAUGUGCCUAGUGUUGGGAGCCUAGCAGAUCCAGACUCUCUGAACACACCACAGAUGAGCACGCCGGUGACGCUGAACAGUGCUGCCCCAGCCAGCAACAGUGGGGCAGGAGUUCUUCCAUCUCCAGCGACCCCUCGCUUCUCUGUCCCUACCCCACGAACUCCCAGGACCCCAAGAACUCCCAGAGGCGGGGGCACUGCCAGUGGUCAGGGAUCUGUUAAAUAUGACAGCACAGAUCAGGGGUCACCAGCCUCUACACCGUCUACCACACGGCCCCUCAACUCUGUGGAGCCUGCCACCAUGCAGCCGAUUCCUGAAGCCCACAGCCUCUAUGUCACCCUGAUCCUGUCUGAUUCUGUAAUGAAUAUCUUUAAAGACAGAAACUUUGACAGCUGUUGCAUCUGUGCCUGCAACAUGAACAUCAAGGGGGCAGAUGUCGGCCUUUAUAUCCCUGACUCCUCCAACGAGGACCAGUACCGCUGUACCUGUGGCUUCAGUGCGAUUAUGAAUCGCAAACUUGCCUACAAUUCGGGACUCUUCCUGGAAGAUGAGCUGGAUAUUUUUGGGAAGAACUCUGAUAUUGGUCAGGCUGCAGAGAGGCGCUUAAUGAUGUGUCAGACCACCUUUCUUCCUCAGGUGGAAGGAGCCAGAAAAUCCCAGGAGCCACCCAUUAGCCUUCUCCUCCUCCUUCAGAAUCAACAUACACAACCUUUUGCUUCUCUGAGUUUCCUGGACUACAUUUCCUCUAAUAACCGCCAAACUCUUCCCUGUGUAAGCUGGAGUUACGACCGGGUGCAAGCAGAUAACAAUGACUGCUGGACAGAAUGCUUCAAUGCGUUGGAGCAGGGGCGGCAGUACGUGGAUAAUCCCACUGGUGGGAAAGUGGAUGAAGCUCUGGUGAGAAGUGCCACUGUGCACGCGUGGCCUCAUAGCAACGUGCUGGACAUCAGCAUGCUCUCCUCCCAAGAUGUGGUCCGUAUGCUGUUGUCCCUGCAGCCCUUUCUCCAAGAUGCCAUCCAAAAGAAGCGCACGGGCAGGACCUGGGAGAACAUCCAGCAUGUGCAGGGGCCACUCACCUGGCAGCAGUUCCAUAAGAUGGCAGGACGUGGGACCUAUGGUUCAGAAGAAUCUCCUGAGCCAUUGCCCAUCCCUACUCUGCUGGUAGGCUAUGACAAGGACUUCCUCACCAUCUCGCCAUUCUCCUUGCCAUUUUGGGAGAGGCUGUUGUUGGACCCAUAUGGGGGCCACCGUGAUGUUGCCUAUAUUGUGGUGUGUCCAGAAAAUGAGGCCUUGCUCGAAGGAGCCAAAACUUUCUUCAGGGACUUGAGUGCUGUAUACGAGAUGUGUAGACUUGGGCAGCACAAGCCCAUCUGCAGAGUGCUACGUGAUGGGAUCAUGCGUGUGGGGAAGACCGUGGCACAGAAGCUGACCAAUGAGCUUGUGAGUGAGUGGUUUAACCAGCCAUGGAGCAGCGAGGAGAGCGACAAUCAUUCCAGACUCAAACUCUAUGCGCAAGUUUGCCGCCAUCACCUAGCACCUUAUUUAGCCACUCUGCAGCUCGAUAGCAGCCUGUUGAUACCACCUAAGUAUCAGAACUCACCAGCAGCAGCGCAGGGACAAGCUACACCUGGAAAUGCUGGGCCUUUAGCCUCAAAUUCAGGAUCAGCGGCUCCCCCAGCUGGCAGUGCAUAUAAUCCCACCUCUAAUGGUAGUUCUACAAACCCUGCAGCAAGCGGUUCUGCAUCUGGGUCAUCUGUGCCACCGGUCUCAUCGUCCACCUCUGUUCCGGGUAUUAACCAGAUCAGCAGUACCUCCUCUUCAGGAUUCAGUGCUAGUGUUGGAGGGCAGAACCCCAGCACUGGGGGCAGCUCCACAGAUAGAACCCAAGGGAACAUGGGCUGUGGCGGAGACACGGAGCCUGGGCAAAGCUCUUCUCAGCCCUCACAGGAUGGACAAGAAAGUGUUACAGAGAGGGAGAGAAUAGGAAUUCCCACGGAGCCUGACUCUGCCGACAGCCAAGCCUACCCUCCAGCUGUUGUCAUUUACAUGGUGGACCCGUUCACUUACACCGCAGAGGAAGAUUCCACUUCUGGAAACUUCUGGCUGUUGAGCUUGAUGCGCUGCUACGCAGAAAUGCUGGAUAAUUUACCUGAGCAUAUGAGAAAUUCUUUCAUUCUCCAGAUUGUGCCUUGCCAGUACAUGCUGCAGACAAUGAAGGAUGAGCAAGUUUUCUACAUUCAGUACUUGAAGUCCAUGGCGUUUUCAGUGUACUGCCAGUGCAGGCGGCCUCUGCCUACACAGAUCCACAUUAAGUCCCUCACAGGGUUUGGGCCUGCAGCCAGCAUGGAGAUGACUCUCAAGAACCCUGAGCGCCCUAGCCCAAUCCAACUUUACUCCCCUCCCUUUAUAUUGGCCCCAAUCAAAGACAAACAGACAGAGCUGGGAGAGACGUUGGGCGAGGCGAGCCAGAAAUACAACGUGCUCUUUGUGGGCUACUGUCUGUCUCAUGACCAGCGCUGGCUUUUGGCUUCCUGCACUGACCUCCAUGGAGAAUUAUUAGAGACCUGCGUUGUAAAUAUUGCUUUACCAAACCGGUCACGGAGAAGUAAAGUUUCUGCACGUAAAAUUGGACUUCAAAAGUUGUGGGAAUGGUGCAUAGGGAUUGUCCAAAUGACAUCUCUACCCUGGAGAGUUGUAAUUGGGCGACUUGGGCGGCUUGGCCACGGGGAGCUUAAAGAUUGGAGUAUCCUCCUUGGAGAAUGUUCACUACAGACAAUCAGCAAGCAGCUCAAGGAUGUGUGCCGCAUGUGUGGCAUCUCUGCCGCAGACUCUCCUUCAAUCCUUAGUGCCUGCCUGGUUGCCAUGGAGCCCCAGGGGUCCUUUGUAGUGAUGCCAGAUGCUGUGACCAUGGGCUCUGUUUUUGGCCGAAGUACUGCACUGAACAUGCAGUCAUCUCAGCUUAACACCCCCCAAGAUGCUUCUUGUACACACAUCUUGGUGUUCCCAACAUCGUCAACCAUCCAGGUGGCUCCAGCCAAUUAUCCCAAUGAAGAUGGGUUUAGCCCCAACAACGAUGAUAUGUUUGUGGACCUUCCCUUCCCGGAUGAUAUGGACAAUGACAUAGGCAUCUUAAUGACUGGGAACCUCCAUUCCUCUCCCAACUCAUCCCCAGUUCCGUCCCCAGGUUCUCCCUCUGGCAUUGGUGUGGGCUCUCACUUCCAGCACAGUCGGAGUCAGGGUGAGCGUCUCCUCUCCAGAGAAGCCCCCGAGGAGCUCAAGCAGCAGCCGCUGGCCCUGGGGUAUUUCGUGUCAACUGCCAAAGCCGAGAAUCUCCCCCAGUGGUUCUGGUCUUCAUGUCCCCAGGCUCAGAACCAGUGCCCUCUCUUCCUAAAGGCUUCCCUGCAUCACCACAUUUCUGUAGCACAGACGGACGAACUUCUCCCUGCCAGGAAUUCUCAGCGGGUUCCACACCCUCUGGACUCCAAAACCACAUCUGACGUUUUAAGGUUCGUUCUGGAGCAGUACAACGCCCUCUCCUGGCUCACGUGCAAUCCGGCCACCCAAGACCGCACUUCCUGCCUUCCCGUCCACUUUGUGGUGCUCACUCAGUUGUACAAUGCCAUCAUGAACAUACUCUGAUUGGAAAAGCACUUGUUCUCUCUGGCCCAGUUCCUCCUCCCGCUCCGCUCUGCAGACCUCCCACGUCCUUGAGCCCGCGCAGUCCUGCACUGUGAUCCCUGCGCCGCAGGCACGCUCAGUCCCUGCAGUGUUCAGUUCAGAGGACUCCCUGACGCUUCUCUCGCGGACCUGGAACUCCAUAGCAGUGACUUCCAGCCAGGGCUGUGGCGUGCGCAGCCCCUGCCACUGGCCUGCAGGAAACGGUGGUGGCUGGCGGCUUCUCAGAGGAACCAGAAGAGACAGUGUCCUUUUGCACAAGAGGCUGCGGUCGGCCUCUGUUAAGGAUGCAGGCCGUCUGGUCCUUAGUGACUGGCGUGUGGCCUGUGGGUUACCUGAAGCCCAGAACUGGGACUCUGGAACUAAGAACCAGCUCAAGUACCUGAUUCAUACUGGGGCUUCUGCCCUCAGAGCUCCCUCCAGAUUGGCACGCGUGCUCUGGUUGACUUCAUGCCUGUGUGUAGAUGCAAAAGGUCUGGAGACAGCUUCAUUUUAUUUAUUUUGAGUUCUUUUGUAAUACAGUUUCUGUGACUUGACUUUUUCUAAUUCACGAGGACCAGGUACAGUAGCUGAAACCCAACUCAGCCCCACCAUAGGAUUCUUUGACUGCACCCCUCUGUCCCAGAGGCGGAAAGGGGUGAAGACAGACUGGGGAGGUGAUGCCUAAGAAAUAACAUUCAGAACCACCCAGCAGUGGGUUUUGUUCAGAACAAACUGGGUCUACAGGUUCUGUCACGUCCAGUGACAUGUGCUCCACUCCUGAGGGAUGACGUUUUCAUCCUGGAGGAGUUGGGCCCAGUCCAGGGCCACGGAGGCAGGUCCCUCACUUAGUUUUAUACAGUCACAAUGGAAAUCUAUUUUCUAGUGAAUUCUUAUCGAAAGCCAGGUCUCUCCUCCCAUUAGAUCAAAAGGGACUCAUCCAUGUACAUAUCACAGUUGACAGUGUUUGCUCAUAAGCCAGUUCUGAAUAUGGUGAGUUUUUUCUGGACCAUAGGAAUAUUAUUUCAAAGAAAUAUUACAACUUAACCAUUAAAUUAGUACUUGAAGUUGAGCCUUCGUGGUGGAACUUUUUUAAAAAUGCCUUUUUAAAGCAUUAAUGGCUAAUUGAAGUAUUUUAUGACUCCUCAUUCCAGGCCCAGAGGUUGUCUUGAGAGCCCUGUCUCUAACCCUGUGCUGCUGGGUGUUUCUGUCUGGGGGCAGUGGAUGUGGACCGGCCUCCAGGAGCCGCGCAUACCAGGCCGUGGGGCUCUUGUCAUCUGUGUGUGCAGAGAAUCAUGCAAAUUUUACAAGUUCUUCCAAGAGACUUCCGUGUCCUGGUUAUUAACAAAAAAAGGAGAAAUGUAAUAAUUGAUAUGAUUUUGUAAAAGUAUUUUUCUUGAAAUAAUCUAACGUUUAAAACAUUAUAUUAAAAAAAAAAAGUUGUGUGGUGGGCACGGGAGAGCAGAGACGUGACGUGUAAAUGAGUGGCGGUGCUCUCCGUGCCACCGUGGCGGGGGAGGGUCGCCUGUCGCAAUGUAUAGGCUAAGAAUCUGAUAUAGCAACCGUUUGUAUCUACUGUGUACAGUGUAAAGUUGACUUUAAAAAUAUUGCAGUGCUAUUUUUUCUUAAUCAGAAAGGAGAAUUCUCAAGGCCUUUUGAAGAGCAUAAGAUGAUGGAGAUUGUAAACUUGUAUAGAACUGUCUUGCUGAGAAGACACAGUGUAAAGUAGAUAUUUGUAAUCUUUUACCACUUUGGGGUUGCUUUUUUUCCCAGAAUUCAUCAGAACUUUGAAUUUUUUUUUAAUGGGCUGUUUUUAAUGCAGGGGCUUUUCUUCCCUAGAAACCCAGUUCUAAGCAGAAAAAGAAAAAAAAAAAAAACAAAAAACAAAACAAAACAAAAAAACCCUACAAAAAUUAAAAAAAAAAGGCAGCAAAGGGUAGUUUUCAUCUGGUGUCUUUUAUUUAAGUUUUUUAAGUUAAGAAAAGCUGGUGACAUAUUUAUACGUUUUUGUGCAAAAAUAAAUGAAUGGCAAUAGAUUUUAAAAAAUCUUAUUAUGUACUUCUGUGUGAAAAAGUCUGUAUAAUAUUUCCCUUAAAUAUGCAUUAUUUUACUUGUGAGUUUUUUACUGAAUUAAUCUGAAAUGUACAAGCCCUGGAUUUGCUACAGAGUGAGAAGUUAUUUUAUUUUUUUUUAUUUUUAAUUUUGGAAAUCCUGCAAAGAUCAGAACUCUUACCAUGGUUUGAACUCAACAGGGGCAGUGGGGGGAGAAGGGUGGGACUGUCCAGCAUGCUUGUAUGUAUAUUUCAGAACCUUUUUUAAAUGUAAAAGCUGUACAUUUCUGGGAAGUUCUGAAUUUCUUUUGUUUCCUUUUUUCCUUCAAGCAUUUUGCAGUGAGCUUCUUUUAUAUAUAGCAAACAAUUUGAAAGAAUACAAAAAUAUGUGAAGUUCAUUUAAAAAAAACUACAGUAUAGCGCUGGUACAGUACACUAAAAGACUUUGAUAAAAAGAAACAAUAAUAAAAGGCCUCCAUUUUAAAUGUCAUUCAUAUAUACCUUGUGGAUGAGAGCUAUAUACUUUUACACACUUUUUUAGAGGAAUAAAUUAUUGAAUUACUGAAA